GACCUCCCUCGUCGACGCCCCUUAUUCCUUUGCCUUCUGACCGAGUCUCUAACCAGCCACCGCGCAGCCUUUCUCUCUCACCAUCGUCGACCUCGCGCUUUUCUUUCUCGACAUCGGCACUCCCCGAAGAGGAGUUCUGUGACCAGGCACCAUGAGCUUCGGCCAGUUUGACUCGCUAUGCCGGAAGGCAGCGAUUCCUUUAUGUUCACUAGUCGGCUCGUCCUCGUUGUCCGGUACAAAGGGGAUUUUGCCAAGUUGCUACGCAAGGAAUAUUGAGGUUGCCAACACCAUUAUCUUCCAGGGCGCCACAGAUGUCAUGCACAUUGUAGCUCUGGCCAUGACUGCGAUUAUGAUCAUUCAUGUACGAUCAAAGUUCACUGCUGUCGGACGCAAGGAGAUAAUUACAUUUUUCUACAUCUAUAUGGCAUUGACGAUAUGCUCUCUGGUCUUGGAUUCCGGUGUCGCACCCCCUGGGAACGCCGUCUUCCCGUUCUUCGCUGCAGUUCAGAAUGGUUUUGCCUCCGCCCUCUGCACUUGUUUGCUGGUCAACGGAUUCGUAGGGUUCCAGCUCUAUGAGGAUGGAACCGCCCUUUCGGUUUGGCUUCUACGACUCUCCUCUCUUGGGAUGUUCUUAAUUUCGGGCGCCGUUUCACUCCUAACCUUCAAGUCCUGGGCUGGACUCUCUCCAUCAAACACCAUCGGCCUUUUUGUUGUCGUCUACAUUCUCAACGCCAUAUGCUUGUUUGUAUAUGUGGUCAUGCAGAUCAUCUUGGUUGUGAAUACACUCCAAGAUCGUUGGCCGCUCUGGCACAUUACCUUUGGUGUAUUCUUUUUUAUUAUAGGCCAAGUCAUACUCUACUCUUUCAGCGCUGUUAUCUGUGAGAGUGUUCAGCAUUAUUUGGAUGGCCUGUUUUUCGCAACUCUAUGCAACCUUCUUGCCGUCAUGAUGAUCUAUAAGUACUGGGAUUCGAUUACCAAAGAAGAUCUCGAGUUCUCCGUCGGCCUAAAGCAGAACAACUGGGAGGUCAAAGAGCUCCUUCCUGAAGAGGAACGCAGGGCCACUGUAUACCUCGAUACCAAUUCAGAAUACGCGGGCAGUGUGUACCACCAUCGCUCAUCCACUUAUGGCGGACAAUCGAAUUAUUAGAUCCACCACUUUCGUUCGACUUCCCCCCACCUUUCUUAGCGCGCCGGAUGGAUAGUGCUUACCGCACAUAGAGCACCUAUAAUUUGGCUCACGCGACUUUUUCGUAUAAGCUGAUACCUCUCAAAUCUCUUCCCCCCUCUUUACCCAUGUCUUAUUCUUCACCCUUAUUAUCCCGCUAAGAUUUUGUGAUGAAUCUCCUUUGUGGCGUUUUGAUGUUACAUGGCUUCUUUCCCUGGCGCACAUUGGUCUAGUCUUCAAUCUUACUCCAAGCGUUGUUUUCUUGCACAUAGUCUUCACGAAUCGAGUGUCAUAUUUUCCCUUUUAUAUUAAUUUUAAUAGAUAAUUGCGCUCUAAAUAUUAUAUCCUUUGAUCUAUGGAAGAUGCUUUUUCUCAUAUAAUACGGGUAGAUUUGAUGACCUUUCAUCCCUGUGGGCACCUUGUCAACGAUCCUCACUCUCCUUCCCCGGAGCACUGCCUGCGGUUGAGUACCAUCCUUUAUCAACCCAUCUGAUCAACAAAUCUCUCGUCUGGUGCGCCAUCUCGUAAAAUGCCGGGUUAUCCGCAGGCGAAAACAUACUCAUAUGCGCUUUGGUUUCAUCUUGGGCAUUAUCAUUUACUACCUCGAUCCACUCCAGCCCCUCAUUCGACUCAAGAUCGCGAGAAUUGCCCUCAUCCCGCGCUUUCUUUUCCUCCACAUCUUGUGGGAGAUUGCAAAACGUGCGGAUCUUCGAGCGUAAUACAUCCCUUAUUGAGAACUGCUGCUGCUGCUGCUGUUGUUGCUGGGCAGAACCUGUUGACACCUCGGAGGGCACGGUGAUUGCGCUGCGGCCAAGUCGUGUGUAGAAAUUCGCGGCGCCUAUUCCGCGGUCUACAUGCAGCCGCGCAAUGGCGGAGAUGCGACGACGUAACUCCUCCGGACGAGCUAGACACCCGACGAAUUCGAGAUGCGAGGUCGCCCACGUCCAGCCCGCUGAGAACCGGUCGCGUUGGGUGUAUAAAGCCGCUGCUCCGCCUGCUGCCACGGCACCCGCGGCGCCCGCGAACAUGGCGUACCGUCCCCAGCGCUGCCAUGAUGGUGUGGCCGCAGCGUCAUCAGUAGAUUUGGUUGCGGGUGGAAGGGCGGCGGGUGGUUCCUUGCGAUCCUUUUUCGAAGCCGAAGAGCCGCCACCGCCGCCACUGCCCCAGCCAAACGCGCUGGCGACUUCUGUGAUUGCGCCGUAAGCCGCAGUGGCGGCUUUGUAUUGGCUUUCAGCCGUGUAGGAGACCGUCCCCGGGGCGAUCCCGAGAAAAGGGGUGUCGAAAG